AUGCGGUUGUUACUAGUGUUGUUGUUCGCGCUAGCCGCGGCGACGGCAGAUACGGACGUGUGUAAUCCAGACAAAAUGACCGUCUAUCGCAUGGUUUUACAUACGUAUUGGACAAGGGAGAAAUUCCCAAAGCACUACCCGGAUUGGAGACCGACGGCGCAGUGGUCAAAGGUGUACGGUGUGUCCCACGAGCGCUCGUAUGUGCUGUUUCGCUUAGGUCGGCGGGUAUCACCUUCAGUGAGACAGUUCGCCGAGUCUGGACGUUCAGAUGCCCUUGGGUCUGCUCCCGGGACAAUGGAUGUAUUUGGCGCUCCGGCGGUUGGGCAAGGAGUUGGAAGAACUGAAGCGGAAUUCUUUGUUGAUGGAAAUCAUUCCAGGGUGUCGGUGAUGGCGCGAAUGAUCCCGUCUCCUGAUUGGUUCAUUGGAGUGGACAGUUUCGAUCUUUGUGUCGACGGCAACUGGCUUGAUAGCAUUACUAUUGAGGUGGAUCCGUUAGAUGCAGGCACGGACAAUGGAUUCACAUUCACAGCACCGAAUUGGCCGACCGCUCCUCAGGGCAUUGCAUAUCGUAUCACUUCGAAGUACCCAUCACAUCCAGCAGGUUCUUUCUUCUACCCGCAUUUGAGAAGACUGCCUCCGAUUGCUACGUUUCAAUUCAUAAAGUUACGAGAAUACGAACUCUCCGAAGUGUUCCACCGCAGCAGCGACGAUCGAAAAUACGACGUUCUUCAACUAGAUAAGCUAAAUCACAAUAAUAUUGAUGUACUGGAUGGAAACAGAGCAUUAUCCGUCGCUGAGGAAGUAGAGAGAGCGGAGGAAGCACCCAGGAUAUACUCUGAGGGGUCAAUGACCACGCCUGAUGGGGCAUAUUCUUAUUAUUCUUUGACAAACACGACAUCGAGUACGACCGAAGAGCCUCGCUCUGCCAACGAGCUUCCAACUUCAGGUCCAGCUGCCAGCGAACAAUCAGCUCUCCGAAGCUUGGCCCGCAGGUAUAGGGCAAGACGACGACGCAAGCUCCGUGCAGACAACACUGAUCCGGCAGAGAGGAGAAAGCGGAAAAGAGCUAGGCUGCUAGAUUGUCGGGUAUCAGAAUGGGGUGAAUGGAGUCCAUGCCGCAGUGAUGGAGGCUGUGUUGGCUCAGCGAUGCGUACACGACGAAUAAUACGACGACAACGGCCUGGAGGAGCGCCGUGCCCUCCCACAGCGCUUUCACGAUGGUGUGCAACUAACUGCACAUCGCAGCAGCUGCACGAAGACUGGCGAGAUAACCUCACAUAA